AUGUCGCUGAGCAAGACGCCGUCCCAAUCGUUGUUCCGUUUUGUGUUCUUCCGCAAUGCGAGCACCUCCACCAUUCCUUCGCCCGCAAGAGUUCAGCUGAAGAAGCCGGCCGAGCAGGGACACUUUCAGUACACCCGCAACUGGUCGAGGGAUCCUCGUUUCGUGAAGGUCGCCAUUCAGAAGGGAGACACCCCGUACACGUAUGUCGCUUCUCUCCGAUUCCAUCUUUCAUUACCUUCGUUCACAGGUUCCUUUUCCGCCGUCUCGGCCACGCCUACGAGGUAUACCCGCUCCUCAUCCUCACCGGCGCCUGGCUCGCCCUCUUCUGCUCCGCCGUCUACUGGAGCUUCGGAAAAAGCGAAGUCUGGCUGGACAGAAGCCACACGACGGCUCCGUGGGACUGGGAGAGACUCCGCGAAAACUACUGGAAGCUGCCGACGGUCGCGUUCGAUCUCGACGGACGCACCCGCAAACGCUGUGAGAUCAUGGAGCAGCUUCAGGACGAGAUGCUGGAGGCGGCCAAGAAAAGAGGAACUCGCUAA